GACGGUGUCGAGUUGUUGGAGCAUCAAUGCAUCAUAAUAUCAUAUGCGCCGGGGACGCUGACUGGUAACAUUCCGGUGAACUUCCGAGCGCCCAUGUACCACGCAUGACUCCAAUCAAUGCGUAGAUUGCCGCUCUCCCGAAUUACUACCAUAAUCAGGACGGAUACGGCAGCUGGAAUCCGUAAAACCAAUAUACACUCCCUAACCUUCCGUAAAUCGGACGCAUUUGCGAAUGCGCGUCAACUGUUCGACGAAGUGCCUGACCUAAAUGUGGUAUCAGCUACAGCUAUAAUUGGCCGCUACUCCAGACAGAAACGUCAUGAAGAGGCCAUAUACUUGUUCCGUGGAAUGCUGUUUUUGAACAUUAAACCCAAUGAGUUCACAUUUGGGACUGUGAUUCAUUCGUCCACUGCCAUUGGAGAUGUUAAUAUAGGCAAGCAGCUUCACACCUUUGCAGUGAAGGUGGGCCUGCAUUCAAAUGUCUUUGUGGGUAGUGCAAUUGUAGAUUUUUAUGCCAAAUUGAGUUCUGUUGAGGAAGCAAAAAGGGCUUUUGAUGAUACCCACGAACCAAAUGUUGUGUCUUACACAACUUUGAUGCGUGGGUACUUGAAGAAAGAGAGAUUCGGGGAUGCCCUUCUGCUGUUCGAGAUGAUGCCUGAGAGAAAUGUUGUUUCGUGGAAUGCUAUGAUUGGUGGGUGUAGCCAAACUGGGCACAACGAAGAGGCUGUGAAUCUCUUCAUUGAGAUGUUGAGAGAAGGGUGGAUGCCAAACGAAUCCACCUUCCCCUGUGCUAUUAGUGCAGCUGCCAAUAUAGCUGCACUAGGAAUGGGCAAAAGUUUUCAUGCUUGUGCUGUUAAGUGCUUGGGAAGGUCUAAUGUGUUUGUCGGUAAUUCUCUUAUUAGCUUUUAUGCUAAAUGCGGAAGCAUGGAAGAUGGUCUCUUGGUUUUUGACAAACUUCCUGAAAGAAACAUUGUUUCUUGGAAUGCUGUAAUAUGUGGCUAUGCACAGAACGGAAUGGGAAAGGAAGCAGUAGGCUUCUAUGAGAGUAUGCUGGAAACUGGUAUUCGACCCAAUAAUGUUACACUUCUUGGUCUGCUAUGGGCAUGCAAUCAUGCUGGUCUUGUUGAUGAGAGUUUUUUAUAUUUCAAUCAGGCAAAAAAUGAGAGUCCUGCUUUGCUAAAACCUGAGCAUUAUGCUUGCAUGGUAGAUUUACUCUCUCGGUCUGGGCAUUUUAAAGAAGCUGAGGAAUUUCUUCACCAUUUGCCUUUUGAACCAGGGAUUGGGUUUUGGAAGGCGUUGCUAGGGGGCUGCCAGAUUCACUCAAAUACAGAACUGGGGGAACUUGCAGCAUCUAAGAUCAUCGAAUUGGACCCAGGAGAUGUUUCUUCUUAUGUAAUGCUAUCAAAUGCACAUUGUGCAGCUGGUAGAUGGCAAAAUGCAAUAACAAUUAGGACAGAGAUGAAAGAUAGAGAGAUGAAGAGGGUUCCAGGCUGCAGUUGGAUCGAAAUAAGGAACAAAGUUCAUGUCUUUGUUAACAGAGACUGGAGUCAUUGUCAGCAGGAUGAGAUCUACAGGGCCUUGCAGAUCUGCAUCCAGCAUGCAAGGCAGAGUGAAGCUCCCUGUUUUCUGCAGGCAGUUUUAAAUGAGGAACGGGCUGCAAAAGAAUACAUAAUCAAAUUAACAAAUAUGGAACUGAGAAUGGUUCAAACAAGCAGAAUUUGAGAGGAAGCUUCUAUGACAUAGAAAGCUGGAAGAUGUCGACAAUGAAGACCAGGGUGUUGUUAUCUUGGAUCUUCUUCAUCGCAGAUUCAGCUGUGAGAGGAUACCUCACAAUUUGGUACUCAUCAAGCUUGUUCCUUGGAGGAGCACUAAUGCGAGGAUAUUUAGGAUUUCUCUCCUUCUUCAUUGUCUUUGGUCAAUGAAACGUAACUGAUGUCCUUAUCUUUUUUGUCCACUUAAAAGUUGCAGCACCUGAUAUUACAGCCUUGGCAACCUUCACAGCCUGGACCUUUGGAGGAAGGGAGUUCUGAAUUGUAGAGGAGAGAAAAAAAGGUGAAGAAGGAAUGGAGAUAUAACGGAUAAUAGGAUUUCCAAACCAGAACAUGGCUAAUCGACCUAGGAAGAAACCUAGGUUAACAUGGGACCUGCCUCCUUCUCUUCCUUCUCCCAAGGUUUGUCCUUCCUUCGUAUUUAUGCUUAUUAAGGUGGUAUAUCCAUUCCGUUUUUAUAGAUUUUAGCUUGUUCUUAUUGGUUUAUUAGUGCAUGUUGUGGAAUUGUUCAGAAUUAUAGUAAAUGUCAUGUCUUCUU